AUGGCUAUCCCUCUCAAUGCCUUCGGCUGCUUUCUUUUCUUCUCAUUCCUCUUCUCUACAUUCUCUACCUUCUCUUUGGCAUUGACAGAUGCUGAAGCUUCCUACAUUGCUCGUCGUCAGCUCUUGACAUUCCGUGAAAAUGGUGACCUUCCGGAUGAUGUUGAAUACGAAGUUCAAAUCACAGAAACUUUUGCCAACCAGAGGCUGAAGAGAGCAUACAUUGCUCUCCAGGCAUGGAAGAAGGCUAUGUAUUCCGAUCCCUUUAACACAACUGGCAAUUGGGUUGGUGCCAAUGUGUGCGCCUACAACGGUGUCUUCUGCGAUCCAGCGCUUGACGACCCAAAGUUGAGCGUUGUCGCUGGUGUUGAUCUGAACCAUGCUGACAUUGCAGGGUACCUACCUGUUGAGUUGGGGCUCAUGACUGAUGUUGCAUUGUUUCACAUCAACACUAAUAGGUUUUGUGGAAUAAUCCCCAAGAGCAUGUCUAGGCUUACUCUCAUGCAUGAGUUUGACGUUAGCAACAACCGUUUUGUUGGUGCUUUCCCAACUGUAACUCUAUCAUGGCCAAACAUCAAGUACCUUGAUGUCAGAUUCAAUGAUUUCGAAGGUCAGUUGCCGCCGGAAGUCUUUAAGAAGCCGUUGGAUGCAUUAUUCUUGAACAACAACCGGUUCACAUCCACCAUCCCCGACACAAUUGGUGAAUCCACAGUCACUGUGGUGACGUUUGCUCAUAACAAAUUCAUUGGUUGCAUCCCACGCAGUAUUGGCAAGAUGGCUAACCUGAAUGAGAUCAUCUUUAUGGGCAAUGAGCUUGGUGGUUGCUUCCCGUCUGAAAUUGGGUCGCUGGAGAAUGCAACAGUCUUCGAUGCCAGUUUGAACUCGUUUGUUGGAUCUUUACCAAAUAGUUUUUCUGGGUUGAAGAAUGUUGAUCUCUUGGAUAUUUCUAAUAACAAGUUGACAGGAGUUGUAUCAGAGACAAUCUGUAAGCUUCCAGGCUUGUCAAAUUUCACAUUCUCAUACAACUACUUCACCGGCGAGGCUGAAUCAUGUGUACAAACAUCGAGGAAGGACAUUGUAUUGGAUGAUACGAGCAAUUGCUUGGCUAAUAAGCCAAAACAGAAGUCGAAGCAGGCUUGCCUCCCUGUUGUGAGCCGACCGGUGGAUUGCAACAAGAACAAAUGUGCCGGAGGAUCUACACCAAUAACGCCAAAGCCAAAGCCACGACCAACGCCUUCUCCUGCUCCAAUUCAUAAGCCAUCAAAGCCGCAACCCACACCUUCACAAACCCCACCAUCAACUCCCUCAGAGCCAGCACAACCCACACCAUCUCCUCCUCCUCCAGUCCAAACACCACCAAAGCAAAAACCCACACCUUCUCCUCCAAAACCAUCACCACCACCACCAUCCGUCCCAGUAGUGGAGAAGCCAAAUCCUCCAACUGCACCAAAACCAUCAUCACCACCAUCUCUUUCUCCUAAACCAAUAGCACCAGCUCCAACACCUGAUGAUCAUGAUCAAUCCCCUGUAGACCCUCCACCACCACCACAACCAACUCUUGAGGUCCCAUCCCCAAAACCCAUACCAAAACCGUCUCCGGAACCUAAGCCGGUAAAAUCACCACCGCCGCCAGUUCAUUCACCUCCCCCACUAACCCCUGUCCACUCCCCACCACCACCUGAACACUUACCACCCUCACCAGUCAACUCUCCACCACCGCCAAUGAAGUCACCACCACUGGUCCACUCUCCUCCACCACCGGUGCGGUCACCACCACCACCACCACCAAUCCAUUCUCCACCCCCACCAGUACGCUCCCCACCUCCACCAGUUCACUCCCCACCUCCACCAGUCCAUUCUCCACCCCCAUCAGUUCGCUCCCCACCACCACCGGUUCGCUCCCCACCUCCACCAGUGACCUCUCCUUCACCACCACCACCAGUCCAUUCUCCACCCCCACUGGUUCGCUCCCCACCUCCAUUGAUUCGCUCUCCACCUUCACCAGUGCCCUCUCCUUCACCACCACCACCACCAAUCCAUUCUCCACCUCCACCUGUGCCCUCUCCUUCACCAUUACCAUCAUCACCAAUCCAUUCUCCACCCCCACCGGUUCACUCCCCACCUCCACCCGUGCCCUCUCCUUCACCACCACCAAUCCAUUCUCCACCCCUACCAGUUCCCUCCUCACCUCCACCAGUGCCCUCUCCUUCACCACCACCACCAAUGUUUUCUCCUCCACCACCAGCACCAGUCUCCUCACCUCCACCACCGCCAACUCUAUCUCCACCACCACCACCAACAUUCGAAGACAUUAUCCUCCCACCAAACCUGGGGUUCCAGUACUCAUCGCCGCCUCCACCAAUGGUCCCAGGCUACUAAAUGUCAUAUUAUUGAAGUCUCUUAACAUUUCGUGUGCUCAUAUUUAUAGUUACAGAAAGCCAUUUGUAAGAAAGUCAAUUUAC